CGGUCUAGGCCGAUCAAUCUCACCAUCAUUUCAUCCUGACUCAUAAAAAUGUCCAAGCCUCUAAUAUUCGUUACCGGUAACGCCAACAAACUCAAGGAAGUCAAGGCCAUCCUGUCAUCCGGCCCUGUGCCAGUCGAGAUUGACUCCAGGAGUCUAGACAUCGAAGAAAUACAAGGCACUACUCAAGAGGUAGCCAGAGCCAAAUGUAGCAAAGCCGCAGAACUGCUUAACGGACCAUGCAUAACAGAAGACACCGCUCUCUGCUUUGAGGCUCUUAAAGGCCUCCCAGGUCCAUACAUCAAGCACUUCCUUGCUGAUCUCGGCCACGAAGGCUUGAACAACCUCCUGGUUGGCUUCCCCACAAAAGCUGCGUGGGCCUUGUGCACUUUUGCGUACUGCGAAGGACCAGGGAAGGAGGUGCACCUUUUCGAAGGACGAACGGACGGCUCCAUCGUGCACGCAAGAGGGCCUGGAGUAUUCGGAUGGGACCCCGUGUUCCAGCCCGACGGCAGUGAUUUGACCUACGCUGAAAUGCCAUCCGAUGUGAAGAACAAGAUUUCACAUCGAUAUAGAGCGCUUGAAAAGCUUCGUGUCUACCUUCAAUCCAUAGACCAGUGAACCGUACAAUCGACAUAGAGUAUGCCAGAAAUCCGGUAAAUAAUAGGGUCGAAUUAUGUCAUGAGUCA